AUGAGCAAUGCUUUCCAAAAAUGUUUCAACUUGAAAUACCCUAUUAUUCAAGCCCCCAUGGCAGGGGUAACAACUAUUGAUAUGGCGGCCAAGGCUUGCAUUGCAGGCGCCAUGGCUUCCCUACCUUUGUCGCAUUUAGAUUUCAGAAAUUUUAACGAUAUUGAAAAAUUCAAGUCAAUGAUUUCACAGUUUAAAAACCUUGUGGCAGAUGAAAAUUUGGAGCAUAAUGUUAAUUUAAACUUUUUUUGCCAUAACAUUGUUGAUGAACCAACCAAUCUUCAAAUAACCAACUGGGUCAAGCUGUAUAGAAAGUCUAUGGAUUUGCCGAUCAAUAGCAAUGAAAUUGAUUUUAAUAAUGGUAAUGUCUCUUUCAAGGCUUUUGAAAGAGAUUAUGCGCUUCAAGAUUUUUUGAAGUAUCUAUCAAAUGAAUUUAGACCUAGAAUUGUGAGCUUUCAUUUUGGUCAUCCAUCAAAGUCUACAAUAGAAUAUUUGCAAAAACUCGGAAUUCUAAUUUUUGUUACUGCUACAUCAGUGAAAGAAGUUAAUUUACUAACAAGUCUAGGCAUUGAUGGGAUAGUGUGUCAAGGGUAUGAAGCGGGAGGACAUAGAGGGAGUUUUUUAAUAAAUGAAUCCAAGGAUGACGAAAAUUUAUCGACCGUACAACUAGUGAAAAGGGCUGUUUCUGAACUUGUUGCUAUGAAAGAUAAGGGUAUUGUGCGCAAUACUCCCUUCAUCAUCGCCGCAGGCGGUAUAACGGAUUCUCAAGAUAUAUCGUACAUGCUAUCACAACAAGCAGAUGCGGUUCAAUUGGGGACCGCAUUACUUGGUUGCAAUGAAUCCAAUGCAUCGAAAAUGUUUUUAGCUCCGUUUGCCCCAGAAUCAAGGACUAGAAUGGUGGAAAUAGUCUCUGGAAAGCCUGCUAGGACAAUAUCGACUCCGUUUAUCGAAAAACUUUUAGCAAAUUUUCAUGGCGAGGAGCUUCCUCCAUAUGGUUACAUAUACGAUGCAUUCAAGCAAAUAAGACGUAUUUAUCCAGAAUUGGCUAACUUCAUUUUGGCUGGGCAAGGAUUCCAAAGUGUUCAAUCAGGCAUUUCAACAGACAGAAAGAUUGAUAUUCUGGGUGAAAAGUUACGUUAA